CCCCUGCUACCCAUAUGCCCAUAACCCCUACUACCCAUGAGAGAGAGAGAGAGAGAGAGAGAGAGAGAGAGAGAGAUGGCUUCCCUCCAGAAUUUUCUUUUGAGCCAGUAAAAGAGUUACUAAGACCUGCAACCCCCUACUCCUCCAACCAUCCCCCUACUACCCAUAUGCCCAUAAGACUUCGUCUUCUUCCUCGUUAACUUCCACACCAUACCCGUCCCUUUAUAUCUCUCAAAAGCCAAGUUAGCCAACAGCAAAUAGUGACAAUUGGAAACCCAAUUGAUCAUCAAAAGUCUAGAGAGAGAGAGAGAGAGAGGAUGAAGAUCCAGUGCGACGUGUGUUCGAAGGAAGAGGCCUCUGUCUUUUGCUCCGCCGAUGAAGCCACCUUGUGCGUCGGUUGUGACCGUCGAGUCCACCACGCGAACAAGCUUGCCAGCAAACACAUGAGAUUCUCUCUCCAACUCCCUUCUUCUUCUUCCGAUGAAUCCCCUCGUUGUGAUGUCUGCCAGGAGAAACGAGCCAUUCUGUUCUGCCAAGAAGAUAGAGCAAUGCUCUGCACAGAAUGCGACAUUCCAAUACACAAAGCAAACGAACUCACCGAAAAACACAACCGAUUUCUUCUCACCGGUGCGAGGCUCUCAGCAUCUUCUUCUUCUUCUUCCAAUGUGGGUGAUUUUGCCACUGAUUCGCCGAUAUUCAAGAGCUCUGUUUCGAACAGACAGUCUAAACCAAGUUCAUAUCGCAAGGGUCCAUCAUCUUCUACGUCAUCGCAUUGCAGAGCUGAUAUGGAUUGUUGCCCCAGCCAAGAGAAUUCGGCGUCACUGUCAAAUACAAGUAGCAUAUCGGAGUACUUGAUGGAGACAUUGCCCGGAUGGCGCGUCGAUGAUUUCCUUGAUCCUUCUUGUUCUCACCCUGGUCUCUGUAAGGUUUGCAGUAAACUCGGCACCUUAAUUACUAGAACACAAACGGCACACAUACGCAUGCACCAUGGGAAAUGAGUUUCAUGGAUCAAGAAUCAUGUAUCGUACCAGAGCUCUUUUGGCAGUGGAUAACUUGGGUAUGCGUGAAAAGUUUAUUGAAAUCAUAAGGAAAGGUAUGGACAAAAGUUACAAGGAUACAAAAGCGUGGAGAACUGUAUUGAAAUUCUAACAUUUUCUACUCAAGGAUAGCUUGAGCGUAUGUGUGAAAUGUGUAUAGGCAAUAGUAAAAGCAUGCAUGGGUAACAUUUUUUUGCAUUUUCAGCACGUUAACUGUUCACCCCAACCAAUUAGGUCAUGCUUCGCUUGACCCGAUGCACGUACAUGUGUAUAAAUCUAACUUUCCUGUCAUCUUCGCUAACGUUAUCCAAAUUUGGGGUGCAGUUGCUGGAUUGCGAUCUUGAAAGCAUCUUGUACCCUUUUUACAUUGGAAGAUAAGGCCAUCUGGGUACCUCAUGCUCCAAUCCAAUCUUCUCAUAUUCCUCUGGGUCUGACCCAAACUAGCGCACUGGAUGUGGCUGCUCAACGGUGUUGAAAAGGCACAAGAGGUUUGGAAAAUUGGCAGGAAGUGGAAUGAAGAUGGCCUCACAGUUCCCCAGAUCCGCCCUCCUCUCAAGAGAUCAAGAAAUUUCUUGUAGAAACAUAUGAGAAGGUUAACUGUUUCUUCAAACUGUAAUUUGGAUCAUUUCUGUUGCUGUGCCUGUGUGGCUUCGCGGCUUGUUUGGGGCUCGGACAUUGUUAAUGUUUCUAAUACUUUUUACCCUUUAGAUCGCUAGUUGUCUUUCGCAGAAUCUCUUUGUACAUAAAUUAAUAUCAGGAAUUUUUCGCGCA